AUGCUACUACAAGUCCUCUCUUGGUCACUAUACAUUUCAUUUAUCUGUGCGACUCAUUUCGAUGGUGGAACAAUUACUUGGGCUCCUGUUAACCGAACUGCUACUGGCAGUACAAUACAAAUUAUUUUAACACAAACCUAUACAUGGACUUACCCGACAAUCAAUUGUACCACUGUCGGCGCUUUAAUUAAUCUCCAAGGAAAAUCAAAGGGUAAUUUAACAUGUACAUGGAACUGUGGAACCGCUUCGGCUGGUUAUAUUGAACCAUUGAUUGCUGGUUAUUGUACAAGCUUGAGUGAUACAACAUUGAUGUUAACCCAUUCUGAGCGUUCAACUCUAUUGAAUCUAACAGCUAACGACUAUUUUUCUGUGUCAUUUGGAGCACCAAUAAAUGGAAAUGGAAACUAUCGAUCAUUUGCAGAUGUUGGCACGGGAAAUAGUAGCGGUCAAUGGAAUAUAACUUGCGUAAUUGAUCUGAGACUAAGACCAGACGGGUUUAUUAAUACACCACCAAUAGCCACUGUUAGCCCACCAGUGUUCAUAUCGAAUAUCGGGGCUCAAUAUAUCUAUGUGGGAAUUUCAGAUGUUGAUAACGAUAAUGUACGUUGCCGAUGGAGUACGGGCUCGACUGAAUGUGCUGACGUUUGUUAUCCAGCUGCCAUUCCAGCUUCAACUAUUUUAUUCGAAAAUUGUACACUAGUUAUAACAAACCAAACAGCGAAUGACUGGUACUGUGCAGCCAUACAGCUACCAAGAAUAAAAUCUUUAAUCCCCAGUACUAAUAUUAUUCAUGCUUCGAAAUCAGCAGAAAUCCUUUCUAGAAAGUGUAGUGAUACGAUUCUCUUGAAUGAUGAAGUGGUAUCGAAAAAUGGCACUGAAGUUAUCGUCACAAAAAUUAAAUGUCCAUUUACUGCUCUCGAGAACCCGAAAAUUUCUGAAUGCCCGACAACACCAAACGCUAAUGACGGCAUCUCAUCUUAUCAGCGAAAGAGCACAGCUGUUAACGUUACAAAACUAAAGCGUGCUAAAUCUCUUUCGAAACAAGAACAGCCAACUAUCGUUUAUCGAAAUCAUAGUAACCCUCAACAACAGCAAGAAACUGACCUUGGGUAUUUUCCAAGGAACAGUACCUCUGUGAAAAUCACUAGAUUAUCUCGUGCUUUUGUUGCUUCUGCGAUUACCGAACCACCAUCGACAGUGCCAGAAAUCAAAACAUGA